AUGCCCACUCAUCUUCGCAAGGCAUAUACAGACGCCGAAGAAGCCUGGAAGCAGCUAUCAAAACGAAUAAAAGAGCUUGAAAAUGGAGUUGGACUUUCACUAAAAGAAACCGAGCGGCUUCAAAGAUACCAAUCCCGCCAUCUGGAAGAACACAACAAAAGAUUUAGCACACUAAAAGCAGCUAAGAAAUUGAAAAAAUUCCUCGGAGGCGUUGCCGAAUCGUAUCGCCAACUAUGCGUAAUCGUUUUCCCUCAAGAUAGAAUAUCCUUGACACGGCAACGUGUAUUAGAUGCUUUUAUCGAACUGACAAAUGCCACCGAACUACAAUUAUCCGAGCAAGCCCGAUCAAUCCUUGAAUCCACACCAGGAAAACAGAAGAAUAUUCAAGACUCUUCAAGUUCUGUUAAAUACGUGGAACCCAGCCCGGAAUCAGUGACAAGGGUGUUUCCUUGCAAAACAGCCAAAAAGAUUAAAACAUUGAAGAAGGGGGGCCUUGAAUACAAAGCGGUAACGAUGAGUUUUCCUAAAUAUGGGAAUGACCCAAAGUUGGAUAAGCCCUGUUCUUGUAUGAUGACAAUGGAAUAUUCUGAUGAAUACAUGAAAGAGCUUAUGAAGGCGCUUUUCGAUGUUGAAGUGGACUUUGCAUCAGGCACUCACCGAGGCGUUCAAGUGCUCCAUGAAAGCGGGUUAGUGGGAACCAUGCAGUUCUUGAGCCUGACGGGCGGUCAAUGUGACAAAAUCCUCGAAGUAUUCGGAAAGGAAAUACAGCUCGCGAUCACUGAAUGCAAGACAUACAAAGAUGAGGAUAAGAGAAACAACAGAACAAUGUGUAUCUCGGCGGUCUGCGUGAAAGGUGAAGGAAAGGUGAUACUGGAAAUGGAUGUAGAUACAGGUCUUCGAUUGGCAGAAAUGCUUUAUGUAACAAACAACUGA